GCCAAUAGUACAGGAGAAGUAGAGCUGGCCGGCAAAUAUCUUCCACCGGCCGGCCCUCUCUUCUCCGAUGGAUCAGGCUCCCCAUGGGGCAGCCGCUUCACUAGACCUGUCCCUGACCCUGGCCCCCGUGACACCGCCAUCACCAGCAGCACCCCCAUCCUCCUCCUUUUGGGCUGAAGGAGACGCCGCUGCCGGCCACGGCGGCCAUGGUGGCCAUGCCGGCGAAGGGAGAUCGAGGCGGCUGUUCUCGUGCCUCUUCUGCGACAAGAAGUUCCUCAAGUCUCAGGCGUUGGGGGGCCACCAGAAUGUGCACAAGAAGGAGCGGGCCGGCAGCUGGAACCCCCACCUCUACCUCCAAUCCGACCACGGCGACCGGCCGGCCACCGCGGCAGCACAGGCGCCUGCGAGAUGGCCAAACACGCGCCUUGACGACGGCGAGAAGCAGUUGCAGCAGCAGCAGCAGCUUGAUCUCAAGUUCUCAACCUCAAGCUUUAAUUAGCUAACUCGUGUGUACGUUUUUACUUUUUUUUUGCGGGGUGUAUGUACGUUUUUACUACUCCCUCCGUAAACUAAUAUAAGAGCAUUUAGAUUACUAUUUUAGUUAUCUAAACACUCUUAUAUUAGUUUACAGAGGGAGUAUCUUCCUUUUCAUCUUCUUAUCCACCUUAAACUAG